AUGGAUCCCCCAUUUCCCAUCACCCUCGAUUAUACCCUCCACGAUCACUACCCAGCCGAUGCGGAAGAUGGCUUGAACACCGUCCUGGUCUACUACCCUCUACAGUUCGAGCACAACCGUGAGGAUAAAUCAACGAAGUUUGCCUACGGGUACAAAGUGGACGAAGAGGAUGAAGACUCCACGUUGUCCUUAACGAUGGCCGCCAAUUUGGUACCACAACGAUACGCUUUCUCCGCCGGCAGGAUGCAUCUGGUUAUUCUGGACGUUAUUGCACAAAGGAAAUUGAACAGCGAAUGUAAAGGGGAUCCUCUCGCGGAUGCGGAUGAUUCUGUGUCCGCACAUCACCUUGAUAUCUAUCAAACGUUCGCCCAGUUACAGCCCGACCAGCGGCCAAUCUUGAGUUUUGCAAAUAGUCCGGAGAAUCCUGUCAAAAAGUGGGCUGUGUCCGGAUUACCAACGCCGCCGUCUCGGGUGACUGGCACCAUGCUUGUCGACUACGAGGAUCCUAGUGUACUUGCCCUAGAGACUGCCCGGAUGACGGGGUCAAUCGAGCAACGUCAAGUCCCGUUCAUGUUCAAACCCCCCAGUCGAUUUCAGGGAUGGGCAACUUCGCCGUGA